AUGUCUGACCUCGAUAAGCUUCUGGAGGAACGCGCCGCUCGCGGGUCCAACGCCAUCCACGGCUUCGUUGCUGCUGCGGUGGACAAGAAUGGCAAGGAACUGUUCUUCAAGACGGCGGGCUACAACGGGGUUGGACCCGAUGCUCCGGCCGUCAAGGCCGAUGCAACGUACUGGAUCGCUUCCUGCUCGAAGCUCCUCGGCACGAUUGCCGCUCUCCAGUGCGUUGAGAGAGGCCAAAUCACUCUCGAUGAGCCGGUGGAAAGGAUCCUGCCAGAGAUUGCCGACCUCGGCGUUCUCGUUCCGCCCAAGGAUGGCGCCGCGUUCGACCCAUCCUUCGCCACCACACCCGCGACGAAGAAAAUUACUCUUCGAAACCUCUUGUGCCACAAUUCUGGUCUUGCCUACGAUCUCUUCCAUCCUACCAUCGCGGCGUGGCGCGAGUCCCGAGGAGAAACCCCACAAGGGCUAACUGGUUUCGCUACCAAGCCCCACACGGUUCCUCUCUUGUAUGAACCCGGUGACGGAUGGACGUAUAGCGGAGGAAUCGACUGGGCCGGCUUGGCAGUCGCCAGACUGAAUAAAACUACGCUUGAAGAAUACCUUCAGGAAAAUAUCUUCAAGCCCUUGGGUAUUACUUCGACUACUUUCCGUCUGGAGAAGCGCCCUGACAUCAAGGAGCGGCUCCUCAAGACUGUAGAGAGGCAGGCCGAUGGCACGCUCAAGGAGAUCCCCAAGCCCUGGCCAGAUUAUGCCGAGGAAGACUGCUGCGGCGCUGGCAUCUACUCGACUGUGGGUGAUUAUCUCAAGGUCCUCGGCGACCUAGUCAAGGAUCAGCCGACAUUGCUGUCGAAGGAUAUCGUGGAAAAGGAGAUGUUUAGGCCGCAGUUGGCGGCUGGCUCCAACGCCAUGAAGGGCAUCGAAGCCGCCGCACCCAUGAUGGCGACCAUGACGGGAACGACCGAGACAACGGGUCUCAACUGGGGUAUCGGAGGCAUUUACACCGAGGAGGAUGUUGGCGCGUACCCGAAGGCCAGUCUCGGCUGGGGCGGCCUGCCCAACCUCGUAUGGGUGGCCAACCGGGAGCGAGGUGUCGCCGCAUUCUUUGCUACACAGGUGCUGCCCCUGGGAGACAGCCAAGCAGGCGAGCUUGCAGUGAAGGUUUUGGGUGAAGCCUUUCGCCUGGCGUCGUCGUAA